CUCACUCUCUCUCUCUCUCUCUCUCUCUCUCUCUCGCUAUGGAUCCUCGCAACGACGCCGUUUUCCCCGACGAAGACCUCGAGGACGACGAAGAAUCUCUUGACGACGAUGACGACGACGAAGAGGAGGAGGAAUUGAACGACGGCCCUUCCCCUUCCACCUCCUCUGCCGGCGCCGUUGCUGUUCCUUCCGUUUCCCCUGUCGUUACCAUCGCCACUCCCGGCACUGCCGUCCGUCCGGUCUCCAUUGUUCCUCCACCUUCGAUUGUCUCCAUCUCCUCUGCCGUUCUGAUCCGCCAGCGCAUCGGGACCGCUGCGGCUGAGCCUUUGGUCUUGCCGGGUGAGAAGAAGCCCUUGGAUGAGUGCCGGAAGUUGUUUCAACGCCUCUGGACCGAUGAGGAUGAGAUCGAGCUGUUGCAGGGGUUUUUGGAUUACACGAUGCAGCGAGGUACCACUCACCAUCAUCAGAAUGAUACGGCGUUGUUCUAUGACCAGAUCAAGUCGAAAUUACAGUUGGAUUUUAACAAGAAUCAGCUCGUUGAGAAGCUUCGGAGGUUGAAGAAGAAGUACCGUAAUGUUAUUGGUAAGAUUAGCUCUGGUAAGGAGUUCAAUUUCAAAAGCCCUCACGAUCAGGCGACGUUUGAGAUCUCUCGCAAGAUCUGGAGUAAUACAGGCCGAAUUGGAGUCGAAGACAAUGCUUUGGACGAUGACGAGCCUGCUCCGCCUCCGUAUGCGAACUACAUGGACAUUAAAAACGAAGAGAUGACGUUGAAUUGCUCCGAGAAGAAACCCACGCCUACUCCGAAAUCCCGGAAGCGUUCACGGCCCGGAUCGGGAUUGAGAAUGGACGGGCCGCGUUCGUCCAACGAAAAUUUGAAUAAAGAGAAAAACAAUACCUACAUCAACAACAACAACAACAACAACAACAACAACAGCGAAAAUGUCAGUAACGUAGCGGUAGCAGGAUUGAUCGAGGAGACGGUGAGGAGCUGCCUGUCGCCUUUGUUUAAGGAAUUAUCGAGCACUUCCAUGGGAGGAGGGCUCUGUGGAGGUAGAGGGUUCAGUGGAUUGGCUUUGCAUCCUAUUCCAUUGAGCUUCGGUGGAGCUUCAAUCAAUUUUGGAGGUGGAGGAGAUAUGGCGGAUGAGAGGUGGAGGAAGCAGCAGAUUUUGGAACUGGAGGUUUAUUCCAAGAGGUUGGAGUUGGUUCAGGAACAAAUUAAGACGGCAUUAGAAGACUUGAGGUCCAUGGGAGGCUGAUUUAUGGAGCUCUGAGCUUGAAGAAGGGGGAUUCGGAUGGAGAGGUCUUCCCGGAAUGGAAUCGUUUGUCGACGAAAUUUAGUCAUAAAGAGUAGUUGUGUUAUUUGAUCGCUAAAAUUUUAUUUUAUUUUUUAUUUUUGGAGAAAUUUGUAUCUUAGUUGAAAAAAUGCUUUUGAUCUCUAUACUUUUGUCAUAGUUAUGAUUUAGUCUAAAUUAGUAUAUAAUAUUUUAGUUAUUGUAA